CUUCAGUAGCGAGAGGGGCUGAGAAAGUGGUGACACCGCCGGGGUGCGGAGGGAGUCCCUGAAACUUCUCCCAACAGCCCCAGGGCCAAUCUCCCCUCAGCCCACUCCCCUCUUCGCCAGCUCCCAGGUCCCCACUCCCUGCGCCGGGGGUGGGGUAGGGAGCCAGGCCCGUCUCCCGCUGGGACACACACAGGGGCCGGGAGCGGGGACGGGACCCCCGAGGCGGGGGGGGAACGGACCGACCGACAGACGGCCGGGCGCCCGCCCUAGCGGGCAGGCAGGCAGGAGGAGGCGGAGGAGGCGGGGGUACGACGGGGAGGACUGGGUCCGGGGAGUUUCCUCUCAACUAUCGGGGGAGAAACUCCCCGCAGCCGGAGGAAAGACCCAGACGGUGUUUUCCUCCCGGGGGCCGCGCUCCCCCGCCCCGCGUUAGCGGCGGUUGCCGCCGCCGCCGCCGCCACCGGCGCCUCCACCUCUUCCAUCUCUUUCUCCACCACCUCGGGCCCCGGUGUCCCCGGCCAGCACUAUGCCCAUCUUACUGUUCCUGAUAGACACGUCUGCCUCUAUGAACCAGCGCAGCCAUCUGGGCACCACCUACCUGGACACGGCCAAAGGCGCGGUAGAGACCUUCAUGAAGCUCCGUGCCCGGGACCCUGCCAGCCGAGGAGACAGGUAUAUGCUGGUCACUUUCGAAGAGCCGCCCUAUGCUAUCAAGGCCGGAUGGAAAGAAAACCAUGCAACGUUUAUGAAUGAACUGAAAAACCUUCAAGCUGAAGGACUUACGACUCUUGGCCAAUCCCUAAGGACAGCUUUUGAUUUAUUAAAUUUAAAUAGAUUAGUAACUGGCAUAGACAACUAUGGGCAGGGAAGAAACCCCUUUUUUUUGGAGCCAGCAAUAAUUAUUACAAUUACUGAUGGGAGCAAGUUGACUACUACCAGUGGAGUCCAGGAUGAGCUCCAUUUACCUCUUAAUUCUCCUUUGCCUGGAAGUGAAUUGACCAAGGAACCUUUUCGUUGGGAUCAGAGACUCUUUGCAUUAGUGUUGCGGUUGCCGGGGACGAUGUCCGUAGAAUCAGAACAGUUGACAGGUGUGCCUUUAGAUGACUCUGCAAUCACACCAAUGUGUGAAGUGACAGGCGGCCGCUCAUACUCUGUAUGUUCUCCAAGAAUGCUUAAUCAGUGUCUAGAAUCCUUGGUGCAGAAAGUACAAAGUGGGGUAGUAAUAAACUUUGAGAAAGCAGGACCAGAUCCUUCCCCUGUAGAAGAUGGGCAGCCAGAUAUAUCAAGACCUUUUGGAUCUCAGCCUUGGCAUAGUUGUCACAAACUCAUUUAUGUCAGACCAAAUCCUAAAACUGGGGUUCCUAUAGGUCAUUGGCCUGUUCCAGAAUCUUUUUGGCCAGAUCAAAAUUCUCCAACACUACCACCUCGUACAUCUCAUCCUGUAGUGAAGUUUUCUUGUACAGACUGUGAACCGAUGGUUAUUGACAAAUUGCCUUUUGACAAAUACGAGUUGGAACCUUCACCGCUGACUCAGUUUAUCCUGGAAAGAAAAUCUCCUCAGACAUGUUGGCAGGUAUAUGUGAGCAAUAGUGCAAAAUACAGUGAACUUGGCCAUCCCUUUGGUUACUUGAAAGCCAGUACAGCACUGAACUGUGUCAACUUAUUCGUGAUGCCUUACAAUUACCCAGUCCUCCUUCCCCUUUUAGAUGAUCUGUUUAAGGUCCAUAAGGCAAAACCAACAUUGAAAUGGAGACAGUCAUUUGAAAGUUAUUUGAAGACGAUGCCUCCCUACUAUCUUGGGCCUUUGAAGAAAGCUGUUAGAAUGAUGGGAGCACCUAACCUAAUAGCAGACAGUAUGGAAUAUGGACUUAGUUACAGUGUCAUUUCAUACCUCAAAAAACUGAGUCAGCAGGCCAAAAUAGAAUCUGAUCGAGUCAUCGGUUCUGUAGGCAAAAAAGUAGUACAGGAAACUGGAAUUAAAGUCCGAAGCAGAUCACAUGGUUUAUCAAUGGCUUAUAGGAAAGAUUUUCAACAGCUGCUCCAGGGAAUUUCAGAGGAUGUUCCUCACAGACUGCUGGACCUUAAUAUGAAAGAAUACACUGGGUUCCAAGUUGCUUUGCUCAAUAAGGAUUUGAAGCCACAGACAUUUAGAAAUGCAUAUGACAUACCAAGACGGAAUCUUUUGGAUCACUUAACAAGAAUGAGAUCUAAUCUUUUGAAGAGCACCCGCAGAUUUCUUAAAGGACAGGAUGAAGAUCAAGUGCACAGUGUUCCUAUAGCACAAAUGGGGAAUUACCAGGAAUACCUCAAGCAAGUACCUUCUCCAUUAAGAGAACUUGAUCCUGAUCAGCCUCGGAGGUUGCAUACAUUUGGCAACCCCUUUAAGCUGGAUAAAAAGGGUAUGAUGAUAGAUGAGGCAGAUGAAUUUGUGGCUGGACCUCAAAAUAAACAUAAACGACCUGGAGAACCAAAUAUGCAAGGCAUCCCUAAGAGACGACGCUGCAUGUCUCCGCUGCUGAGAGGCCGACAGCAGAACCCAGUUGUGAACAAUCACAUUGGAGGGAAAGGACCACCGGUACCUAUGACGCAAGCACAGCCAGAUCUCAUUAAACCCCUUCCUCUUCAUAAAAUUUCUGAAGCCACUAAUGAUUCGACAAUGGAUGAUGUGGUUGAAAAUCAUGUUGCAGACCAACUUUCAUCAGAUAUUACACCAAAUGCUAUGGAAGCUGAAUUUUCAGGAUCUUCUCCAGCCAACUUACUGGAACGACCAACCAAUCAUACAGAGGCUCUCGGUCACGACCACUUAGGAACUAAUGAUCUUACUGUUGGUGGAUUUUUAGAAAAUCACGAGGAGCCCAGAGAUAAAGAACAAUGUCCUGAAGAGAAUACACCAGCAUCUUCACUCAACAAAGGAAAGAAAUUGAUGCAUUGCAGAAGCCAUGAAGAGGUCAACACUGAACUAAAAGCACAAAUAAUGAAAGAGAUCCGAAAGCCAGGAAGAAAAUAUGAAAGAAUCUUCACUUUACUGAAGCAUGUGCAAGGCAGUUUACAAACAAGACUAAUAUUUUUACAAAAUGUCAUUAAAGAAGCAUCAAGGUUUAAAAAAAGAAUGCUAAUAGAACAACUGGAGAACUUCUUGGAUGAAAUUCAUCGAAGAGCCAAUCAGAUCAACCAUAUUAAUAGCAAUUAAAAGAAAAGAGAAUGUGGCCACUUAUUUCACUACCUUCUCCAAAUACAAAGAAAAAGAUGAACGGCCGAUCUGCUUUGAAAAUAGGAAUCCGAGACCUUUUCAGUAACAACAGAGCUGCAGAAAAGAUCAACAGUAGAAUCCCAUUGUAUUUUCUCUUCAUUUGAGGAAAGUCACUAUUAUAAUUGGAUACAAAGUCACUUGAUUUUUGAAGAAAUAAAAGCAUCCUAAUGAUA